UUCCAUCGUCAUCUUCCUGCUACCAUCAUCCAUCUCUUCUCUCUCUCGUCUCUGCAAAUCAGGUUUUUUUUUUUUUAAUUAUCUUUUGCUUCUCUUCUCCCACAGCCGUUGGUUUUUAGAGAAAUGAUCUUUAGAGCCAGAAAUCUUUCUCCGUCGAAUUUGAUACCCCUUUCUUCUCUUGCCCUUUUCUUUACCAAACCAUCUUUUACUUCAACUACAUUGAUAAGUCCAUUAUUACCUGCAAAUACGCCCCAAAUUCCCAACAAGUUUUCACACCUCAUCUUCUUCACCAAUCAUUUCUCCUCUCAAUCUACGGCCACAACUUCAGCAACUAAAAAGCUUCAAAAACAUCUGCAGAAGCAGGAGCCAUCUUCUCCUAAACCUUUGACCCUGAACCGAGAUGGAAACUAUGAUGAUGGCACUCCCUACAAUGUUGUUUGCCCAGGAUGUGGGGUUCACAUGCAGGACUCAGACCCUAAGCUUGUUGGGUUCUUCAUCAAGCCUCCAACAAAGACCAAGGACCCGACGCUCAAAACAAGUUCCCGCCACUUGGUACCUGUUUCAACAGAACCUGAAUUCACAGCGUUUCUCAAGAAAGGUCUGAUUUUGGAGAAAAAACGUGAAAGUCCUGACCUUGAAGAAGAAAACCUAGAUAAAGAAAUGCCUGAAAAGCCUGUGGUUUGUGCUAGAUGUCACUCAUUGCGCCACUAUGGCAAGGUGAAGGAUCCAACGAUGGAGAACUUAUUGCCAGAAUUUGAUUUUGAUCAUACAGUCGGGAGGAGAUUGGGAUCAGUUUCAGGAGGUCGGUCGGUGGUGUUAAUGGUGGUUGAUGCAUCAGAUUUUGAUGGAUCAUUUCCAAGAAAAGUGGCAAAACUUGUAUCUGAUGUAACUGAAGAGAAUUACUCAGCUUGGAAACAGGGAAAAUCCGGAAAUGUGCCUAGGGUUGUGCUUGUAGUUACUAAGAUUGAUCUUUUACCUAGCUCAUUGUCACCUACGCGAUUUGAGCAUUGGGCAAGGCAGAGAGCGAGGGAAGGUGGAGCUAGCAAGAUUGCAAAAUUGCAUUUUGUGAGUCCUGUGAAGGAUUGGGGGGUGAAAAACUUGGUGGAUGAUGUCGUGGAGAUGGCAGGGCCUAGAGGUACUGUGUGGGCAGUGGGUGCCCAAAAUGCUGGAAAGAGUACAUUGAUCAAUGCCAUUGGCAAGUGUGUUGGUGGGAAGAUUGGUUUCUUAACAGAGGCACCGGUGCCUGGGACAACUUUGGGCCUAGUAAGAGUGGAAGGGGUGCUGCCAGGACAGGCAAAGUUAUUUGAUACUCCAGGGCUUUUACAGCCACAUCAGAUGACGACUAGGUUGACAAGGGAGGAGCAGAAGCUUGUCUAUAUUAGUAAGGAGCUGAAACCAAGGACGUAUAGAAUCAAGGCUGGUAACACAGUUCAUAUUGCUGGAUUAAUGAGGUUGGACAUUGACGAGUCAUCUGUGGAAUCACUAUAUGUUACGGUUUGGGCAUCCCCUUAUCUACCAUUACACAUGGGGAAAACUGAAAAUGCACAAAGAAUACUAGAGGAUCAUAUUGGUCAUCAGUUACAGCCACCAAUUGGAGAGCAACGAGAAGGACAGCUUGGCAGUUGGGUGAGAAAGGAAUUCCAUAUUUCGGGUAAUAGCUGGGAAUCGAGUUCAGUGGACAUUGCUGCUGCUGGUAUUGGUUGGUUUGCUAUUGGACUUAAAGGAGAGGCAGUUUUAGGGGUUUGGACCUAUGAAGGAGUUGGCGUUGUUCUUCGCAAUGCUUUGCUUCCUCAUAGAGCACAGCUUUUCGAAGAGGCUGGAUUCACAGUCUCUAAAAUCGUGUCCAAGGCUGACCAAACUUUGAAUAAGUCACAGAAGCAAAUUGAAAAGAAGAAACGAAGUGACCAGAAAACAGCCAUAGCAGCUGAAGUUUAAUUCCAGCACAAGUUAUCGCUAAACCUGGCUGGAAAAGAUAUGUAAACAUGGGAAGAAAAAUCCCGACAUGAACUGUCCGAGGAAAGAAAAAGGUAGCAAACAGUCUCAAGCCACUUUGAAAAAUACAGAAUACUUAUCUGGAGCUUCCUUUCAGGCAAUCAUCUCUUAAGAAUUUUUCGCCAGUUAACAUAGACCCACGCAUCCUGCUGAAGAGAUGAGCUUAUAGAAUGCAUACGCCUGGCACGCUAGUCUGUUUAGUGAGAAACAAAGAUGCUUUUGGUAUCGCCUUUACAAUUUUGAAAAUUUGCUGCAUCUGUUUUCAUGGUACAAAGAUAUGUUUUUUAUGGUA